AUGCAUGACAUCUCAAAGAAUUCACUGGGUGACAUAAGGCUCAAGAGGCGGACAAGUCUUCAACCCUUGUUCGAUCGCAAGACGCAGGAGGCCUUGAGAAAGUUGGUUGACGAAUUGGUGGACCUCUUCGUCGAGGCUCAAAAUCUUGGCAAAGAUGACAACAAGAUCACGCAACUCAUUCUGGAUCACAUUGUAAAGAAGAAUCAUGGUGCUCACGAGGUGUUAAAAUGGCUGCACAGCAAUCAACACAAACUACAAUAUAAAACUCUCCUUGGUUACUUCUAUUUGCAUGACAUCGGUACCGAAAUAGACUUACGAAAGGCCUACAACCUAUACCUCGCCGCCGCCAAAAAGGAUUAUCCCAUCGCCCAAUACUUGCUCGGCGAGUGUUAUUCGUCAGGCGUGGGCACAAAAACUGACGAGAAAUUGGCGUUCCAAUGGUACCAAAAGGCUGCCGAAGUUGGGAACGCAAAUGGUCUAAAUUGGGUCGGUUACUGUUAUGAAUUUGGCAAGGGUACGGAAAGAGACAUCAACAAAGCAUUCAAUUGCUAUAAGAAAUCGACACGACAAGGAAACAUGCUCGGAAUGCAUUUCCUUGCGGAUUGCUAUGAGAAGGGCAAGGGAACGCCCAAGAACCGAGAUCAAGCGAUCUAUUGGUACCGAAAGGCCGCCGAUCACGGAAACGAAGGUUCCCUGACUGUGCUGAACAAACUUUUGAGGGCCACCAAUUCCCCGCCAUUGCAGCAGAUGAGCCAAUUUCCCAACAAAGACAUUCCACCGAUCACGAAAGACGCGAAGAUGCCAAACUUUCCGAGUUCCAAAGAAGAGGCCGAAGAAGAAUAG